ACCUCCCCUGAAGCUGAUGGCGCCGUGGCUCGAGCUGCCCUUCCACAUCGAAAAGGUAACGCCGGAGGAGGAGAAACUCGUUAGGAAAUGUCUCAUAGGUUAUUCUCGUCCGUUCGUGCGUUGCGGCAAACACGGCUACUUGAUGCCGGGAGCCUUCGAGAAACAUGCAGAACACAUCUACAAUCUGCAGGUCCGACCUGACGACGUGUGGGUCAUCACGUUUCCACGAUCAGGAACUACAUGGACGCAAGAAUUAGUAUGGCUCGUAGAAAACAAUUUAGACUUCGAAACAGCGAGAUCAAAACCUUUGUACGAGAGAUUCCCUAUGGUUGAAAUCACAUCUAAAAUACCGGACUUAGCGUUCGAGUUGAUAAAAAUGAACUUCCUGAACCUGCGCUCCUUCCAAGGGCUAAACGAAGCGGUCAGGGUUCCCAGUUGGAAAUCCGUCGACAACGCGCCGUCGCCUCGCUUCAUCAAGACCCACCUGCCGCUCUCUCUUCUACCUCCUAAGCUGCUGGACACAGCCAAGGUCAUCUAUGUGGCGAGGGAUCCUAGAGACGUGGCAGUGUCAUAUUAUUAUUUCUACAAAAUGGUCGCGAAAGGCUUAUUCAGGACGUCUCUCAAGACUUUCUGGGAUGCAUUUCGAAAAGAUUUACUGCCUUGGACUCCCGUAGUAGCACACACGAUCGAGGCUUGGCAGCAGAGGAAUCAUCCUAAUCUCCAUUUCCUAUUUUAUGAAGAUCUGAUUCAGGACCUACCAAAGGAGAUUCUCCGAAUGUGCAAGUUCAUGAACCGUGAAUAUUCUGAGGAGCAAAUGAAGCAGCUAGCGGACUACCUCAGCUUCGAAAGCUUGCGCAAGAACAAGAACGUCAAUAACUCCACGGACAAAACCGUGCAGUUCAUAAGAAAUGGCAAAAUCGGCAGCUGGAAAACUCACUUCGACCAAAAGAUGCUCAUUCAAGCCGAAGAGUACCUCAUCUCACGGUUGCAAGGUUCAGAUUUGGCCUAUCCUACGUUCUCCACAGAAGACGAGUGCUCGAGACUGUGAUAUUGUGAUGGAAAUUCGUCUUGUCCUGCAAAUAAUUUCGAAGAGUUGGCGAUUACCAGUUUUGUUCUUGUCGUGUAAGACACGUUGGUGUUAUCUUUCGGUAGAAGAGAUCUCGGUGGAUUGGUCAGAGGAGUAAUUACGCCAUAUUUAUUGAAUAUUGAGUUUGGCGAGGCCAGCAGACAUCUCCAUGGCGGUUUAGUGAAUUAUGACAUUUUGUGGUAAAUAAACCACACGCAUUUAUUUUGUGUUCCUGUUAUGUGGUUAAACCUACUUAUAUUUUAUUUAGCAAGUAUUAAUUUACAGUGCUAUAAUACACACAAAUCCUUUAUUUAUUCAUAUAAGCAAUAAGAAGACUCGUUCUAGGAAGAAACACGGCAAAGGAGUGACGACGUGUUAGUUGUAAAACGGAAUAAAAUUUACCAUCAAAAAUAAAACUCACGUCGUUUUGAAAACGUUCUUAUUUGACUAUAUGUGUGGUUUUUGUUCGUCGUCGUUGGUACCGUAACAUACAAGUAGACGUUGCAAAGUAUGCAAACUAUGCAUCAUGCCUCCUACCAAUAUACUAAUAUUUAUUCCGGGCCGGAAGUUUCCGUAGUAUAACUUUACUUCGGUUUCGUUAAGCAUUUGAUUAAGUUACGAUGUUGUAGUUAGCUAGUUGACUUUGUACAAAAAAUGAAAAACGUAUUUCUUAGACUUUAAAGCUAGAAUAAGAUAUUUGUGUAACAAGAUGAUUGAGA